CAUGGCUGCCUACAGUUUCCCAACGGGCUUUUUUUUUUUUUUUAUUGACGUUUCGUUUUUUGUCUUUUUCAACACGAGCGGUGGAAUAAAUAACCAGUGUCAGAAGCUGCAUUGAGUAACAAUUUUAUUCAAUUAAUCGUCGGAGUUUCGGCAAGAAGACGCAAUUUUUACAGUCGUAGUGACACCGACAGCUUGAUUUUUUUCUCUCCAUGUUUGCUGUGAGCUGGCAGUCUGCGAAUGUUGACUUUUGUUAGCGUGUUAAGAUAGCCAAAAACAUAGCUGCGAGUACAACGCACAAACCCGGUAUUAGCCGCUAUGUUUUGUCCAGUAAGGUCUUCUUAUUUUAGGGUUAGCCCGGCUAUUGUUAACAGAGAACUCGGCAAGACCAAGAUGAGAUAGCAAGAGGGCACACGGUAGUGCUAACACACAAAUUACUGCGAGGCUGAGUCCCAGCAGAACUCAGACAAAACUGAGUGGAAGAAAAACCUCACACAGCAUGUUUGGGAAUCUUUUUGAGGAAGAAGAGGAGGAAGGCUUCUCUUCGACUUCCUCCAAAGGAAGAGUUUCAAAGGGCGGAGAUGAGCCACCUCCACCCCGAGGAAGAAGCAAUCUGUGCGGAAUCAAGAACCAGGGAGGGACUUGUUAUCUCAACUCUCUGCUCCAGACCCUGAUGUUCACCCCGGAGUUCAGAGAGGAGCUGUUCAGUUUGGGGCCAGAGGAACUUGGAUGUCUGGAAGAUAAAGACAAACCAGGAGCCAAGGUCAGAGUGAUCCCACUGGAGCUCCAGAGACUGUUUGCUAGUCUGUUGCUGGUGGACCAGCAGAGCGCCUCCACAACUGACCCCACUGACAGCUUUGGCUGGAACAGCAAUGAGGGGACAAAUCAGCAUGAUGUGCAGGAGCUGAACAGGAUUCUGUUCAGUGCAUUGGAGCACUCUCUUGUGGGCACUGCUGGUAGUACAUUUAUUCAGCGGCUCUACCAUGGGACCAUUGUCAACAGCAUUGUCUGCAAGGAGUGUGGAAACAUCAGCCAGAGACAGGAGGACUUCCUGGACCUAACUGUGUGUGUUUGUGGUGUGUCUAGCCUGGAGGAGGCUUUGUGGGACAUGUUUGUGGAGGAGGAGUUGUUCGAGGGCAAUAACCUAUACUGCUGUGCACAGUGUGACAGGCUGGUCACUGCUGCUAAGUCUGCUAAGCUGAAGAAGCUCCCUCCUUUCAUGACCAUGUCUUUGCUGAGAUUCAGCUUUGACUUUGCCAAGUGCGAGCGAUACAAGGAGACUAGACGCUACAGGUUUCCCCUCACCAUCAAUCUACGGCCAUUCUGUGAACAGACUGAUGGAGAGGACUCUGAUUACUCCUAUGAGCUGUUUUCUGUGAUUAUCCAUAAGGGUGGCUGCUAUGGCAGCCCUUACCAUGUUUAUAUCAGGGACAUUGACCAGCUUGGUCACUGGGAGUCACUGGGAGCCACCGGUGAGGAAAGCAACAGAACAAACAGGAGGACGAGAACUCAGCGGAAAGUCAAGGAAGAAGUCCAGGAAGUGUGUGAGCCAAAACUACAAGAAAAUGAUCCUCUGUCUGUCCUCACUGCUAUUAUUGCCCAGGAGCCAUCAAAGAGUGUCCUAAUGGACCAACUGGGCCAGAAACUCAUGAAUAUGAUUGGUUCCUCCUGGAGCAAAAGGUUCAGAAGACACUAUGGCCCCAUAGGAAAGUUCCUGCAGUCUCACAAUGAUGUCUUUAUAUUGGUGUCCAAUGGUACACAAGUGGCACUGAAGGCAGCCCCGCCAAGCCCUGUGACUGAGCCCCCUAGUCCAUCAGAACAGACCACUAACUCUGAUCCAGCUCCAGACCCGGGAGCUGCUGAACAACAGCAAGGACCAGACCAGAAGCCAGAGCCAGAACAAGAGCAGGGUAACCACUGGUUUGAUUUGAAUGAUUCCACGGUGACCUCCAUCAGAGAGUCUGACAUAGAGAAGCAGUUCCAGGGAAAAGAGAGCGCAUACAUGCUGUUCUACAGAAAAACACAGUUGUGCCGGCCCAGUGAAGCUCUGAACAAUCCCCAUAAAGCUCCUUCUCACUUCAUCAAGAUGGUCGAGGAGGAGAAUAUCAAGCUGCAACAGAUGCGCGAGAAGUUUGAAGCCACCAAUAACACAGUGGAGCUGCGUCUGCACCUGGCACCUUGUUAUAGGUUAGAAAAUGGAUCCCUGCAGGGGUGGGGAGGGGGCGACCCCCCCCCCGAUGAUAUGCAGCGGACACUAAAGGAGCUGUCGCUAAAAGAUGGAGAUGCACUGUUAGUGCUGGAGCCACAGGCAUUUGAUAGCAGUGUGUUCACCUUAAACGGAGACGUUGUCACUGUGACUACGCCGUCUGAUUGCCGCUGGCUCCAGGUGGAGUUUCAGCCAUAUGGAGGACAAGGUAAAGGAGAGACGGAUGAGGAGAGGAGGAAAAUCAAGGUUCCAGCCACAGGAAAUAUGCUGCUGUGUGAGGUGAAACAGAGGGCCAUAGAGGAGCUACAGGAGCAGCCUCCAGGCAAGACUGUUACACAAAACGGUGUCUGCAAGGGGAUCAUUAGUCUUGUAGAUGCUUCUCUGUCGGAGCUGAAGAUCAGCAGUGGAGACACUUUAGUCAUCACAGAAGGACAACUGCCUCCACUGGGUUUUCUAAAGCUACCCGUGUGGCUGUAUCUGGAUCCCCAAAACACGGAAACAGAUUUUAAUCACAGUGACAGCGUCCACUGUGAGGAGGAGAUGCUGGAGGUUGUGACCGCAGGUGAAACACACAGUCGCUCAUUUCCUCUGUGUGGCAGCAACAUGGCAGAGUUGAGAAGUGUAGGACAGGUGGAGAUAUCUCAUGAGGCCACUCUGGAGGAUCUCAAGACUCAGAUAUGGACGGGAGAUUCGUCACUGCUUUUGGCCAAAUACCAGCCAGACAAAUACACCUGGGAAGAAAUCUCCAGCUGGAGUCAGCAGGUUUCCAAAAAGAAAAAGAAGAAAAAGGUGGAAUCACUACUGGCAGGGCCAUUCCACCUCAAAGAUGGAGACACAAUUGGCAUCAAGAAUCUUUUGAUUGACAACAACAAGGACUUUAUCACCCUGGAGGAUGAGCAGGGCCAGCAGAGGCUCCGAGAGCAGGCAGAGCAACGCGUGAAAGGGUAGGACUUUACUUUGGGUACAUCUCCUGUCUCUUAUAAGAUCAUUCUUAUGUCCUGGGCCCUCAGUGGACACAAAGUUGUUCCGGUCGACAGAGGAUGUAGGACAUUCCGAGUCUCUUAUAUCGGCUCUGUGGACUGUGCUUGAGGAGCCAUAACCAAGGAUACAUGAGGCCAUUUUUCACAGAAGUGUUUUUGUGAACAGACGCGUCCGUUUAUCAGAAAUCUGUUGGUGAAUGGAUGCUUCAGAUGAAGAAUCCUAAAAAGACAGCUCAUGUCGGUAAUAACGUUUUUCCUCAAGGUCUUUCUCCUCACAUUUUCCUCACAUCUUAUGUGGGCAGGACCAAGGCAAGGAAAAGAUGUAAGUGAGGGAAAUAACGGUUCUUAUAAGAGACUUGGGAUGUACCCUUUGACACGUAAGCAGCAGGGAAGUGCUUGUUACGUUGUAUAGUAUUUGGG